AUGAAAGGGGCCGGGGGGCGUGUGUCACUGGGGAGUCCCUCCCCGGGCCCCCCUGGGAGGGUGACCCUUCCGACGUCACUGGGGUUGGCUAAAACCCCUUCGCUGGCUCUUGGGCUCACGUCCUGGGUCUCCAGUAGUAGCAGCAUCAGCAUCGGAGUUGUGCCUGGAGUUUCCCGGAGCGGUGCUCGAAGAAGGCGAUGCUGUCUGGGCUGCUGCCUGCGCUGGCGCUGUGGGCUGGCUGGGGCUCUCCGUGCCUGGGCUUGGUGGGCUCCCUGCCUCCUGCGAAGGGCCUCCCCCUGCGAGCCGGUGCGGAUCCCCCUGUGCCGCCACAUGCCCGGGAACCUGACUCGGAUGCCCAACCACCUGCACCACAGCACCCAGGAGAACGCCGCCCUGGCCAUCGAGCCCUACGCCCGAGCGGGUGGCCUCGGGCUGCAGCCCCGUGUGGGCUUCUUCCUCUGCGCCAUGUUCGCCCCGCUCUGCGCCCCGGACUUCCUCCCGGAGGAGCCCAUCUGGCCCUGCCGCUCUCUCUGCCAAAGGGCCCGGCGAGGCUGCGAGCCCCUGCCGCGCUACAACCAUUCCUGGCCCCCGGCCCUGCCUGCCAGCCACCUGCCCGACUACGAGAGGCCGUCUGCAUGCAUCGCCCCCGAGGCCAUCGUCACCCACCUGCCCCCGGAAGAGGUAAAGUGGCUCGACUUGUCGGAUGAUGUGAUGCUCCAAGAGAGACCUUUGCCUGCCGAAUGUCGAAGCACCAACCAAGAUCACUGCAAGUGUCAGAAAGUGAAGCCCACGCUUGCCACCUAUCUGAACAAAAACUACAGCUAUGUUAUUCAUGCUAAAGUGAAGAGCUUGGAGAGAGGGGACUGCAAUGAAAUAACCACGAUGGUUGACGUGAAGGAAGUGCUGAAAUCUUCCACUCCCGUUCCCCGUUCCCGCAUUCCUCUCUACACUAAUUCCUCCUGCCAGUGUCCACCCCUUCUCCCAAAUCAAGAUGUCCUCAUUAUGUGUUAUGAGCAGCACUCAAGGUUGAUGCUUCUUGAUGGGUGCUCAGUUGAAAAAUGGAAGGAUCCCUUAAGCAAAAGGUUUAAGAGAUGGGAACAGCGUCUCCAAGAACAAAAGAAGCUGCAAGCAGCUCCUAAUAAAAGCCAGAAUGCUAAAAACUCUGGCCGCAGUGGAGUACUAAAACAAAACUUGAAGACAGCCAAUCCAGUCCCUGCUGGUCCCAAGAAGAUCAUUAAACUCAGAAGUGACCAGAAAGAAUUUAAUUCCAAAAAAAAUUGAAUUGCAGAUUUUCUCUAUGACAAAGCUCACAACCUGGCCAGAGCGGUGUAUGUGCAUUCCUGAAACCAUCAACGUAAACAUUUACUGCUCUAUUCCAAACAGACCUUAUUUACAACAAUUUACUCUUAAAAGAUUGUAUUUUCACAUGGUAGUAUGGGAGAAAUUUGCUUCUAUGCUGAGGUCUCUAUUGCACAUACUGUAUGCUCUAGAAGGAGCAUUUGCUCUAAUUUCCUUCUUUGUGGCAAACUCCACCAUUGUCCUUUUGUCCUGAACUAUGUCUGCUUGUGUAGUAAAAGAAACUUAUUUUUUAAACAUUCUUGGCUAGCUUUUUAAAAACAACAACAACGAAUGUUAAUUGUUGUAUAUAAUUAUGUUAACUGCAAAUGAGUGCAUACAAAAACCAGUUGAACCCAGUUUGAAAGGUUAGAACCAUUCUUGCAUAUUUACCACAUGUAAUUUUAAAAUGUAGAAUGCAAAUAUUUCAUGUUCUGAAUUGGAUUCACAGCAAAUGCCAAACCCAUCAUGGCACAGUACAAUAUUGUUUUUAAUGUUAGUUUAGCACAUUCGAAAUGUUGCUAAUAUUUUAAUCAGAAAAAUAUUUGUUCUAAUCCACAGAUCCCCAUGUAUUAAGAGACACACAUAGAUCUUUUUCAUGCUUGGGAUGUCCCAGUCAUUUCAAUAGAUGAAGUGAAUUAGCAAACAAUUUUUUAAAUGUUAUAAUUUUUAAUACACACACACACACACACUCAGAAAAUAGCAGUUCUACAUGUGGAUUGGUUCAUCUAUUUGCAAAGGAUAUGAACCAUUUGGAAACCGAGGGAUGCCUUGAGUUUCUUCUCAGGUCUUUCGGUUUCCACACCUGAAAAUAUGACUUGGUUUUACAAGCAGUUUUUUUGGAUUGAGUAAAUUCCAGUGAUUUUACAGGAUGGAUGUAAUCCAGAGACAAGCGCACAAGAGAUUGCAUGAAUGUAAUUAGUUGAACUCAAGCCGAACAUGGCCAAAGUACCAUCUAUGUUUUAAACACUGGAGAGUUUUAAAAUAUAAUCUUUGCUUGCGUCAGUGGGAGCCCUGGAGUUUAACUAUAAACAAAACAUAUUGCCAUACAUGAAUUGACAGUAGAGUGUUGAGGGACUUUUAGAAGUGUUUAGUACUAGAAUGCAUGUCUUUGUCAAAGGCAUUUCAUAAUCUCAUCUAAUUGUGAGCUAGUUUUCUUGGACAAGGAUAAACAAUAUAAUGUCUUGGCCCCUAUUUUUUAACUUGUUUACCUGUAAGCAGCAGCCACCGUGGCCUUUUCUACUGGCUAUACAAACCCUGUUUCACCCUGUUUUUAUAACAGGGGUAAGAACCUGGGACCUCCAGAUAUGCUGCAGCUUCUCCAAUUCCACACCUUUGGGCCAAUGGGACUUGUGAGCUACAGGCAUCUGAAGGGCCACAUUUCUUGCCCUGUUUGGUAGUUUUUCAUUUAGAACCAGAUGCACACAGUAAUUAUUGUUUGCUGGAUAGCUGUGCAUUACACUGAUCAGUUGUUGAAUUACAACCUUUUCUUCCCUCGUAUCCCAUGUCCAUUUAUGUUAUGCCAUACUGAUGGCCUGUGCUUUAUCCACAAAAGGUAACUGGUGGUUCAAAAGCUAUCUAUUUAUUUGGCACCCAGUUUCUCUUGUUUAAAAAAGCGAAAUCCAUUUGAAAAACUGCUCUGGGAAAGGGGAGAAGAGUUUGUACGGCUAUAAGAUAAUCCAUGGUGUUCAAAUCAGGUUUAUUUCACAUGGUAAUAUGGAAGAAAUUUUCUAAACCCACAGCGCAACCCUUAUCUGUCCCAUCUUGGAAAGAGAAAGAUAGGUCUACCCAGAGGUUAGUUGAGCAUACUUCUAGAAUACAGUGGCACUUGCUUCUUACGUCUCCCAUUUUACAGCCUGACUAAAUGCUAUUCAUGCCUAAAAAUUUUAAAUCAUCGUUAUAUUACUUUGCUAUUUUAAUAACUGUUUUAGCUCUGAUGAUACUUCUUAGCCAAUUUAAUGGACUGAAAUGUCUGCAGCCAUUUAUAACACUGCUAGUUUCUGGAAUUUUAUUUUUCUGACAAUAAAAAAUUAUUUUAUAACUUGCUUUUUUGGACAUUAAAGGGAGACAAAUGUAAAAUGAUUGUCAGCAGAGAAUUUGCACCCUUUUCUUCAUAAUGUAAGCAACCAUGAUUGACAUUCUACUGUA